AUCUGUUACGAGAGGUGUUGUCUCAAGGGUUGAACCUACAAAAUAUGUACAAGGUGCUAGUCAGCUAUUGGCAAUACAAAUUGAUGCGGCUAUAAAUCCAGGAAAUAGUGGAGGACCAGCAAUCAUGGGUGAUAAAAUUGCUGGAGUUGCUUUCCAAAACCUUUUGGGUGCAGAGAAUAUUGGCUACAUUAUUCCUGUUCCUGUUAUAAAGCAUUUUAUAGCUGGCGUAGAAGAACAUGGUGAAUACGUUGGGUUUUGCUCUCUAGGCUUGUCAUGCCAACGUAUUGAAAAUGCACAAAUUCGAGAAUACUUCCAAAUGCAGUCCAAAUUGACAGGUGUGCUUGUUAGUGGAAUCAACCCACUUUCUGAUGCUUCUAGAGUAUUGAAGAAAGACGAUAUAAUCCUCUCAUUUGAUGGUGUACCCAUAGCAAAUGAUAGAACAGUUCCUUUCCGAAACAGAGAGAGAAUCACAUUUGACCAUCUCGUAUCUAUGAAGAAACCAAAUGAAACUGCUGAACUUAAAGUCUUGAGGAAUGGUGAAGUGCAUGACUUCAAGAUCACGCUUCAUCCUUUGCAACCACUUGUUCCAGUUCAUCAAUUUGACAAGCUCCCUAGUUAUUUCAUUUUUGCUGGCCUCGUCUUUAUUCCAUUAACUCAACCAUUCCUUAACGAGUAUGGAGAAGACUGGUAUAAUAUCUCACCCCGUCGGAGUCGGCUGUGUGCACGAGCACCUCGGGGACUGCGUAAGAAACCUGGAGAACAAUUCAUCAUCCUUUCACAGGUGUUGAUGGAUGAUGUUAAUGCUGGUUAUCAGCGCCUUGCCGAGUCACAGGUGAAGAAGGUUAAUGGUGUACAAGUUUUGAAUUUGAAACAUUUACGUCAGCUUGUGGAAGAUGGUAAAAAAAAGUAUGUGAGAUUUGAUUUGGAUGGUGAGAGGGUGAUUGUUUUGGAUUAUGAAUUGGCAAGAAUAGCCACACCGCGUAUAUUGAAACGCCAUAAAAUACCUUAUGUCAUGUCUAGCGACCUAACUGAUGAUCAAGAUGCAGCUGAAUUUCAGUCGGCUUGCUCAACCUAAUUUUUUUAUUACAAGCAAAUCUCUCUGUAAUGACGUCAUUUGUCCGAAUAUUUUUUUUGUUAUAGCGAAUGUUGUUAUAGAGAAACACAGUCUCCUAUUUUUUGUUUACUUAAAUUGCUAAGUAAUUGUUCCACCGAGAAUUGGGAUAUAACCUGUAAGUUUUGUAUAGGGUGGAGCAGAUAUUCUCUAACUUUAGAAGUUGUGGUGGAUAGAAUUGUUAUUCCCGGAUACAUGUAUUCUCUUUUGGUUGCUAAUAUACAAUUAGGAGUCUUGCCUAAUCGCA